CAGAAGAAGAAAAAGGAAAAGAAAAUAAAAGGUUGACAGGCACAAAACUCUAUCCAAAGCUUUGUAAUUGUAAUGUCCCAGGGUGACACGCGUCCUCUUACCCUCCUAAAAUUUGUAUGGUUUGGUUUCCUUCAACUACCACUUCCCCCUUUGCUCUCUCCAAAAUUGUAGCUCUCUCUCUGAAAAAUGGCUGUAGCUCAAAUCUCUGCCUCUCUCUCCCUUUCCAUCAGAGAUGCAAGUGGUAUUAGCUCAGCAGCAGCAAGUCCUGCUCGGCUUCCCCUUUUCAAUUCCCCUAGAAUUGGGACUGCCUUUGCUACUGGUUCUCCACUCAUCAUUAGAACUGUAUAUCAUCAAAGGAAGGCAGUAUGCAAAUCAAUGCCACUUUCUGUAAGGUGUGAGCAAAGCACGAAGGAAGGUGGUUUGGAUGUAUGGCUUGGCCGGCUUGCCAUGGUUGGCUUUGCUGUGGCUAUUAGUGUUGAGGUAGCGACGGGAAAGGGACUUCUGGAGAAUUUUGGGCUCACAAGCCCCCUGCCUACAGCUGCCUUGGCCGUUACAGCAUUGGUGGGGGUUUUAACAGCAGUCUUCAUUUUCCAGUCUGGCUCCGAAAAGUUUGGUGGCAUGGGUGGAGCCAUUUCUAGGCUUGCAAAGAGGUUCUUUCCAAAGAAUGGAGUGAGGAUUCUAAUGGUGGGUCUUGAUGCUUCAGGAAAGACAACAAUCCUCUACAAGCUAAAACUAGGAGAAAUUGUCACAACCAUACCCACAAUUGGCUUCAAUGUGGAGACAAUAGAGUACAAAAAUAUUACCUUCACUGUUUGGGAUGUUGGAGGGCAAGAUAAGAUAAGGCCCUUAUGGAGACAUUACUUUCAGAAUACUCAAGGCCUUAUAUUUGUUGUGGACAGCAGUGAUAGAGAGAGAAUCGCAGAAGCUCGAAGCGAGCUUCAUCACAUUUUAAGUGAGAGUGAACUUAGCAAUGCAACACUUCUGGUACUUGCUAAUAAGCAAGACCUUCCAAAUGCUAUGUGUACUUCUGAGAUUGCAGAUAAACUUGCCUUACACUUGCUCGGCCUACGUUACUGGUACAUCCAAAGCACUUCUGCCACCUCUGGACAAGGACUCUAUGAAGGACUUGAUUGGCUAUCUAAUAAUAUUAUCACUGACAAGACAUGAUGUAAAAGACUUCUAUAAGAUUCAAACCAGCCACUUUCAAUCUUUUAUACAGUUUGAUGGAAUCAAAUUUUAUUAGCAA